AUGGUUGGUGCAGCCAGACCUCAGACGGCUUUCCGCCGAAUGGAAAGGGAACUCGAAACCCUAAAAACAUGGGCUUCAAAUUUCAAGCUCGAGUUCUCUGCUGCCAAAAGCCAACUCCUGUCCCUGAAAGGCGGCCUGAAGCCCCGGUACAGUGUCGGGUUCGGAAUUGGAGCGGAUGCGCCCAGGAUUUCGUCGACGGCCACAGCGAAGUACCUUGGAGUACUCCUUGACCCAAGACGGAGUUACUGGGAUCACGUCGUCUCCUGUGCCAGAAAUCAAAACCCAUGUAUAAUCGGCUUAGGACACUCUACUCUGCGAACUGGGGAAUGGGCAGAAUGGCUGCCAGGACGAUAUACAGAGGCGUCUUCCUGCCAAGGAUCACAUACGCGGCCGAGAUCUGGUCCGAUGGCACGAAACUAG